UCUUUCCUCCAAUUCCAAUAUAAGCGUUGUUCACUAGGGUUUUUUUCUCCAUUUUCGGGACAUCGCAACGUGAGAGCUCGCAGCUGCAUCAACAAUGGUUCUCAAGACGGAAUUAUGUCGUUUUAGUGGUGGCAAGAUAUAUCCUGGGAGGGGCAUCAGAUUUAUUCGUUCAGAUUCUCAGGUGUUCCUGUUUCUCAACUCAAAAUGCAAACGGUACUUUCACAAUCGCCUGAAGCCUUCCAAACUUACUUGGACAGCUAUGUACAGGAAGCAGCACAAGAAGGAUAUUGCACAAGAAGCUGUUAAGAAGAGGCGACGUGCAACAAAGAAGCCUUACUCCAGGUCCAUUGUGGGUGCAACCCUGGAGGUUAUCCAGAAGAAGAGAACUGAAAGGCCAGAAGUUAGAGAUGCUGCUAGGGAGGCUGCUCUCCGUGAAAUCAAGGAAAGGAUCAAGAAGACAAAGGAUGAGAAGAAGGCCAAGAAGGCAGAGGUGCAGGCCAAGUCACAGAAAGCUGGAGGGAAGGGCAACAUGCCCAAGGGAGCUGGAGGGAAAGGUCCUAAGCUCGGUGGUGGCGGUGGAAAACGUUAAGCUGUAUUCUGUUCUUUCCUUGUAAGUCGGCGUUUGAGAGAUUUUUUCAAAGGCACUGUAAGCGGCAUCAUUUACCAGUAGUAUAGUUGAAACCGCAGUCCGCAAUUUCUCGAAACAAAUAGUUUUGCGUUUAAAUUUUGCUAUUAUUCAUUGAUAGACUACAGUUAAAUGCAGUUUUUUCUUACUCUUAACUACA